AUGCUUAGUUCGCUUGAAGAAAAUGAUAACACGCCAAACUUAUCUAGUGAUCAAGCAAAUGUUGAGAGUACAGUAGAGUCGGAAAGCGGUUUUUCAGGAUCAUUUACUGUUACUACUACUAAAAAUAAUAAAGAAAAAGAGGAAGUUCUCAAGAAAGUAACAGAAAAUGAGAACGAAGACAGUACAAUAAACUCGAAUGAUGUCCUCUUACAAUUGGUGUCAAUGGGUUUUGAGCAGUCUAUUGCUGAAACUGCUAUAAAUGAGAAUAAGGGUCUCGGAUUUGAGUCUAUUUUACAAUGGCUAUUGGAUCAAAAAAUCAAUAAUAAUAAAAAUGUAGAAGAAACUUUUGAAAAAGAAAACAAUAAUUCAUCUGCUGUACCUUUGACUGAUGAUGAUCAUGACGAGUCUCAAAAUAUCGAAAAACCAGCAAGAUCAAAGCCUAUACCCUACCGACGUCCAAUUUCUACCGCAAAUGCUAAACCUCCACAAAAAGGCAUACUAAAACCUGCACCUCAGCCCAGCACGCGUUCAACUUGGAGACGUGAUUGGUUUGCUGCUUUUCAAAAUGUCGUUAACGUUACAGCUACAACUACUUCGACCGCUUCAUCAUCCACUGCCGCUUCUUUUUUUUCAAAUACAUUGAAACAAGAAGAAGAAAAACAAGAAAACCCCAAAUUAAAUGUGUUGAAUGUUAAUGAUUUACCAGGAGAACAGGUUUCGCAAUUAAAUAAUGAAAAUUUAUCGUCAUCCCCAAAUAACAACAAUCUUCUCACCCCUAAAACUCUUAAACGGGUUCGAUUUUCUGUAAAUAAAUUAACAAAUGAACAUCCACAUUCACCAAUCCCCGGUGAUAGUGAUAAUAGUGAUUGGGAAGAAGAAUACGAUUUCCAUGAAUGGAGUAAUAUCCAAAAUCCUAUAAAUCAGCAAUUGCAACCAAAAUCGGAUCAGAAAACAUCUUAUUCGGCUAAAGAUAUAAUGCAAUUUUAUCUUUCUGCCUGUAAAAUUCGAGAAGAAUUUCCUGUCGAUCGACUUGUGGAUAUCCUUAGGAAAGCAAAUCAGCAAGGAGGAUCUUUGAAAGUUAUUGAUUUGACAGGUGAUAUUAUUGAUCGCAACAUUGCUGAACCUAUAGCAGAUGUUCUUACACUUGAAUUUGGCUUGGAAAAAUUAAUAUUAGAGAGGUGUGAAUUAGAAGAUGAUACUUUAAAAAUUCUAUGCCAUAGUUUACUUGUGAAUGAUAAAUUGGCAUAUCUCAAUUUGGCCAAUAAUAGAAGAAUAAGAUCCAAUGGUUUUAAUUAUAUAGCAAUUUAUAUUAAAAAGUCUACAACUUUGACAUAUCUUGAUCUUUCUGGAACAAAUAUUGACAAAAAAUCUGCUACUUUUUUAGCACAAGCUUUAACACAAGGAAAUAGUAAAUCUGGUGCUAUACUAAAAACACUCAAGUUAGAUAAUUGUGCACUAAAGAACAAUGUUUUGGAAGUUUUGGGUCCCGGAAUUCGAAGAUCAAAUUUACAUUAUCUGUCACUUAAAUUUAAUAAUAUCAAUCAUGUUGGUGCUGUAUGGAUUGGUGUUAUGUUACGCGAUUACGAUGACUUUAAUUGGACUCCCAAUAAUCCAUCAAUUUCAGUUUCUACUAUGCCAGCAUUCAACGAACAAGAAGAGGCUAAAGCCGAAAGAUCAAGAAAUAGAAGACAGGGUUUGGAAGUAUUAGAUGUUAGUGGUAAUGAUUUAAAGGGUGGCAUACAAUAUAUAGCCCAGGCUUUAAGAAGAAAUCGAAGUUUAAAAGAACUAUAUUUACUAGAUAAUCGAAUUGAUUCAAAAGGCUUAUUAAAUUUGGCCGAUGGUUUUAAAUAUAAUUAUACAUUGGAAUUACUCGAUAUAAGCAGGAACAAUGUUGGAGGUUUUUCAGCAGAAGGGAUAAUAUCGCUUCGAAAUUCUUUAUCAGUAAAUGAUUCUCUUAAAAAAUUGAUCCUAUCAGAUGUAAAUUUAAUGACAGAAGGUGCAAUUGCUCUUGCAGAAUAUCUUCCAGAAACCAGGACUUUAACUCAUUUAGACCUUACAUCUAACCCAGGAAUUGAUAUUGCAGGACUUAUGGCAUUAGCGGUUUCAAUAAAGAUGAAUCAUAGUGUUCGUGUUUUAGAUGUCAAUGUUCAACCUAAUGAUGCAGAAAUGUCAAGACUUUCUCGAGACAUUCUUCGUGCAUGUGUUAGAAAUACUGAAUUGGCACAGAAGGGUGAUACAGAAAAUGGAGACUUUAAUUAUUUAUUACCGGACUUUGAAACAAAGUCUUUUUCUGGAUUGUCAAAUUCGUUUGAUGAAGCUGAAUCUUCAGAGACGGGAUUAGGAAUUUAUUUGGAUGAUUUAAAAAAAGAUAUUAAAAUUGCUGAAGAAAGUCUAAGCCUUUUAAAAGAAAUGAUGGUAAAUGAUGAAUCAAAAUCAAAAUCAAAUAGUAAUAAUAAUAAUAAUAAUAACAAUCAAAUAAUUCCAAAUGAAGUUAUAAUGCAAUUAUAUGAUGAAUGUAAAAAUCUUCAAACAAAAAUAACACCAUAUCUUUCAUCUGUUAUUGAAAAGAAUUUACUUGAGAAACUUUUGAUUUUAAAUGAUAACUUAUCAACAACUUUACAAAAAUAUGAUGAAAUGUAUAACAAACACAAAGGAAAAUCUAUUACUGUUACUUUGUCAAAAGAACCCAAAGUUCCAGAGGCUCCAUCGGAUUCCAAUACAUCUUCCAAUGAUCAAGUUGAAUCUGCUGAUAGCAAUAAUUCCUCUACAAUUAGUCACACAAUACCCAUUUCUACGCCCAUUUCUCAAACAACUUUAUUACCAAAAACAACUUCUUCAACAGAGCCUUUUUCAAUUAUUGACUCAGAAGAUGAUGAAUGA